AAAACAUAACCUCUAAUUUUUAAAUUAUUCCUUAUCAAGUCAAUUAUUUAAUCCUUGACGUCAUAACUCAGCAAAAAUAAUGAAGCACAUGUUUUGCUUUAUUUCUUACAUUACAAAAUAAAUCGGAAUGUUUAACAAGAACAAAAAUUUAAAUCUAGUUUAUGCACUGUCUUUUAUGGACUUGUUUGCUGUGGGUCUCACAGUGCCCCUAUUUAGCAACCAUUUACGAGAAUUAGGGGCUUCACAUUUCACAAUCGGACUUUUAAAUUCCCUAUAUUCGGGGCUUCAAGUCAUUUCAGGCCCAAUUGUGGGCAGUUGGAGUGACGUUAGGGACCGGAAGUCGGUUUUACAAAUCACAUUACUGCUAUGCAGUCUCGGAUACAUAGCUCUGGGGCUCACAAACUCAAUUUUAUUUAUAGCAAUUGUUAGAAUUUUGUUAGGGGUUACAAAGCACACUCAGAGUAUUUGCAAAGCAAUUAUAACUGAUUUAGUGCCCCCAUGUGACCGCGCCAGCGCGUUGGGCCGUUCGACAGCCCUCGGUUCGCUCGGGUUUAUAAUCGGACCAACCCUUGGAGGGCAUUUAAUCGAGCUAAAUAACGGUUUUUUCUACGUUUGUAGUUUCACAAGUGUGCUUUUUAUCGUCAAUGUAGCCUUGACUUCUGUGAUAAGCGAAAUAAAGGCACCAAAAAAGGGCCAAAUUAACCAACAAAACCCCAUUUUUACAAAACUUCGAUACGAAUUUAACAAAUCUAUAACGGACAUGACCGAAAUCGACUGGCGUGCCUUUUGGGACGUUUUUCUCCUCCGGUUCAUUUUCGGUUUUUCGGUCACAAUGUAUUUUUCCCAACAAUCAGUUUAUUUGAAAGAAGAGUUUCAGCUGUCGCAACGCCAUGUUGGCUACACAAUUUCGUUUUUCAGUGCAACUGGAAUGGCGUCGGCUUUUUUGCUACAUUACAUAACCUCAUAUUUUUACAAAAUGGACGAUUCGUGCUUGAAACGUCUGACCCAUUUUUUUCUUUUAAUGACUUUAAGUCUCAUUUGUUUGUAUUUGGCGCCAAAUUUUGAAUUGUUUUUGGUGAUUUUGGUCCCGUUUUCAUUGAGUUGUACUAUUUUAAGGAUUGUCAGUAUGGAAUUAAUGUUGAAAAAGGCUUCAAGUACUCACAGGGGGUCGCUAUCGGGGACUUCAAACAGUAUUAUGUCCAUUGCUAGGUUUGUGACUCCGGUUACGUCGGGGUUAAUUAGUGAUAAGUUAGGGGGGCACAGUGCUAUGCUUUUUUCAGCUGUUUCGCCCCUGGUGGGGACCUUAGUUUCACUUUGGAUGAAACUUAGAACUGUUGAUAAAAAAAAUGACUGAUUGUGAUCAAAAUCAUAGUAAAGUUGGGGUCUCGCGGCAUAGCCGCGAGACCCC